AGAGAGAGCAGAAGCAAUAAUGGUGGAGGUUUCUCUGAAUAUGCCAUUCAUCCUUUUCGUUCUGACUGUGGCGCUGCUUUUAUCUAGCGCCAAGCCAUUGAAUGGAGAUGAUAAUGCUAAAGGCCGUCUUGUACAGUCAAGGAAUGUAGAAACAGAGGAGUUGCAGAGUUUGAAGAAUUCAUCAAUGGCGGACAGGCUAGAUGAUGCUCUAAAUGAACACGCAGUGGACGACCCGGAGGAGAUAGCUUCCAUGGUUGAUAUGUUAAUUAUUUGGCCAUCACCACCGACACCCUCAAGUAGUAAGCAGAAAUUAGUUGUUCCUCCCCCACCUUUGGCAUUUAUUUAUUGCCAGAGAAAUUUCAGGAGCAUACGUAAUCAUACUGAGAGAAGGAAUCUGGGUUUCUUCUCAUGUGUGACCGGAAAUCCAAUUGAUGACUGCUGGCGCUGUGACAAACUUUGGCACAGACGGCGAAAGCGUUUGGCCAAUUGUGGAAUUGGUUUUGGACGUAAUGCCAUUGGUGGCCGUGAUGGAAGGUUCUAUAUUGUGACGGAUCCAAGGGAUGAUGACCCUGUCAACCCAAGGCCAGGCACCCUGCGCUACGCUGUUAUUCAAGACAGACCCUUGUGGAUUGUGUUCAAGAGGGACAUGGUUAUCACUUUAAAGCAAGAGCUUAUCAUGAACAGUUUCAAGACCAUAGAUGGUCGUGGAGUGAAUGUGCACAUUGCCUAUGGGGCGUGCAUUACUAUACAAUUCGUCACUAAUAUCAUCAUCCAUGGUUUACAUAUCCAUGACUGCAAACGCACUGGUAAUGCACUGGUUCGUAGCUCACCAACUCAUUAUGGUUGGAGAAGUAUGGCUGAUGGAGAUGGGAUUUCCAUCUUUGCUUCAAGCCACAUUUGGAUUGACCAUAACUCACUGUCUAAGUGCGCUGAUGGCCUUAUUGAUGCAAUUAUGGGUUCCACUGCUAUUACCAUUUCCAACAAUUACUUCACCCACCACAAUGAGGUUAUGCUACUGGGCCACAGUGAUUCAUAUGUAAGGGAUAAGCAGAUGCAAGUAACCAUUGCCUACAAUCAUUUUGGGGAAGGUCUUAUCCAGAGAAUGCCGAGGUGCAGACACGGGUAUUUCCAUGUGGUAAACAAUGACUAUACCCACUGGGAAAUGUAUGCAAUUGGUGGAAGUGCUGAUCCCACGAUUAACAGCCAGGGCAACCGAUACCUCGCCCCUCGAAACCGUUUUGCGAAGCAGGUGACGAAGAGAGUAGGCACAGACGCUAGGAUAUGGAAGCACUGGAAUUGGAGGUCAACGGGAGACCUUAUGUUAAAUGGAGCCUAUUUCACUUCAUCAGGAGCGGGUGCUUCUGCAAGCUAUGCCAGAGCCUCCAGUUUAGGGGCCAAGUCAUCUUCUAUGGUUGGUGUUAUUACUUAUGGAGCUGGUGUUCUUACCUGUCGCAGGGGCUUCACCUGUUAA